AUAAAACAUCAGAAACAAAAAAGACUCUCAAACCCUAACUAGUCGCUUUUUCGCUCUCUCUCUCUCUCUCUCUCUCUCUCUCGAACCUUCCUCGAUCUCUGUCCUUUCUUGAUCACUUGCAAAAUCAAAAAUUUGGGCGGGAAAUCCGAUACCCAAGACCCAACCACUUCCCCUCACGUUUCGUAGCUAACGAGAUCUGGCUUCUCGAAGAAACGUGAUACAUAUGCAGUGAUCAUGCAAAGAAUAUUCAGAGUGCAAUAGAGAAGAUGGAACCUGAACGUUUAAAAUUUGGAGGGCCAAAAGAGUUGUGUGGUGCUGCGGAUCUUAUAUCUCAGUUCAAACUAGUGCAACACCAUGAAUUCUUUUGCAAGAAAUCCCUUCCCGUCUCUCUAUCAGAUUCCCAUUAUCUUCAUAAUGUGGUUGGGGACACAGAGAUCAGAAAAGGAGAAGGAAUGCAAUUAGAUCAGCUUAUUCAGAGCAUAUCACAGAGCCGGGAGACUAAUGUUCGCAUCCAACCUUUUGAUAUAGAUGAGCUUAAGGAAUCUUUCCAACUAAAUGAUAUGACUCCUGUUGAACUACCUCCAGCAGAGAAGGGAGCUCCUACAAUUCCGUCUAAGUCAAAAAGUGAGUCGAAAGAUAAGGACAGGAAGCAUAAGAAACACAGGGACAGGGAUAAGGACAAAGAUAGAGAGCAUAAGAAGCAUAAACACAAGCAUAAAGAUAGAAGCAAAGAUAAAGAUAAAGACAAGGACCGAGACAGAAAGAAGGACAAAAAUGGCCAUCAUGAUUCGGGUGAUCAUUCUAAGAAACAUCAUGAUAAGAAAAGGAAACACGAUGGAGAUGAAGAUCUUAAUGACGUUCAGAGGCACAAAAAAAACAAGCAUAAAAGCUCAAAGCUUGAUGAGAUGGGUGCAAUAAGGGUUGCUGGCUAAAAAAGUUGUAGACAUUCCAAUUUUGUAUUCUGCACUCGAGUAGGUGUCAUGGAGAGGUUUAGAAGCACUUUUCAACUCACUGUAGACAGCUUAUUAGGUAAGCAUCUGUGUACUGUCCUGUCUCUUUUGUACAAUUUACUCGGUGUUCUUGGUAUUCCGGGAUCCUUCAUAGAACAUAUACAUCUGUUAUAGUCCAGAUACUAUACUUUAGGGCAGUUGAACCCAUAAUCCUUUUUUAGGGAAAUGGUUUGUCAUUACAAAUUUUGUCAGAUAACUGAGUUUCGUGUUGUGUUCUUUAAGUUACUGAAAUCCAAAUAACGCAACAUUUGCAAGGGAAA